GGAUCAGGAGGGAGAUGUUCACUCUCUCUACAGCCUUUAAGAACAUGGAGGCCUACACAAAGCUCACAGACAACGUGUUUGAGGAAAUACUGAAGUCUUCCUGCUCAGAGCUAAAAAGGCAAGAGAGAUUCUGCAAAACAUCGUCUCUCGAAAGAGCUACAAGUUUGUUGGUGAGACAAAGCCAAAGGACCCCAUCCAGGAUUGGGAAAGCCUGAUUCCUAGCUGGAAAAAAGGACUGGCUGAGGGAGAAAGAAACCUGACACCAAAGGACUUUGAAAUCCUGGUCAUUGAAAUGGACUAUGGCAUGGACGACAAGGACCCUAUCCAACAUGUUCAUUUCUACAGCAAAUCUGAGCUUGACAAGGCAAAGCUAAUGCCCGAAGAAAAGGGAUCCAGGAUUCACACAACGUGCUUUUCUGAGCAGCUGAUCAGGGUCUUCUGUAAGGAGAUUGAUGACGAGAGUGUGGAGGCUGCCAAAAAGCACUUUAAACAGUGGUUAAGGUGCUGGUUAAGCUCUACUCUAAUUCUGCAAAACAUUGUCUCUGGAAAUAUCUACAAGUUUGUUGGUGAGAGAAAGCCAGCGGACCCCAUCGAGGAUUGGGAAAGCCGGAUUUCUGGCUGGAAAGAAGGAUUGGCUCAACCCCUCCCUGACGAGGAAGAAAACAACCUGAAACCAGAGGACUUUGAAAUCCUGGUCAUUAACAUGGACUACGGCAUGAAAGACGAGAACAGCAAAAAUGCAUCCAGGAUUGGC